AGCUCACUAUAAAGGAUGGGGCCGGUCAGGGCGCGCGGAGCUGCCGACAGGACCUGGUCAGAAGUGGUCCCCUGGGCAGAGCUUCAGCCACAGCGCCCAGGGCAGCGCGAAGCAGUGGCUCGAGGCGCGCACUUUCUCCUCCGAGCCCGCUAGGGCGCCUGCCCCGGAGCCCCGCAACUCUCGGCCACAGUCCACGCACCCCCCGGAGGACCCCUCGCCUCACCUGCGCCUGCCACGCCCCGUCCGGCCGCCGGGAUGAGCGAGCUCAACACAAAAACACCCCCAGCAGCCAACCAAGCAUCUGACCCUGAGGAAAAAGGGAAGGCUGGCAGCAUCAAGAAGGCUGAGGAAGAGGAGGAGAUCGACAUUGACCUGACAGCUCCAGAGACAGAGAAGGCUGCCCUUGCAAUUCAGGGCAAGUUCAGGCGAUUCCAGAAAAGGAAAAAGGAUUCCAGUUCCUGAGUGGCCAGCCUUCCCUUCACCCCUCUACUUCCUCUCCCCGCUCCACAGCUCUGACUCUCAUGUGUCUUGUCCCUUUAUCCCUCCAGCCUCUCCUGGAGGCAAGCUUAACCUUUAUAUAUUCUUUUCUCAGGCUCUCUUAAGCCAUCACAGUAGUAGAGACACAAGGACACAAGAAGACUUCAGUUGGUAGUCACUAGGCUAAGGGUGGAUCAGUCCUUUGCAGAGAACAAAAGGUCUUGAGGUAUGACCCUUCCCUACCGCUAAUGCUAAGGGCAGGAUGGGAAAGCCUUCAGAGUGCAGUGCCUGAGCGUGGGGUCUGGGUAUUGUGCCCGUUGCAGCAUUCAGACUUCAGGGAACACUUUCAGGUCCUUCUGCUGCACCCCUUUCAUCUCCCAGGAGUCAGUCGCGAUGCAGCUGCCCCUUCCCCUGGACAGACAUAAAUCAAGGAGCUUGCAGAGUGUGGUGGUGCAUGCCUUUAGUCCCAGAACUUGGAAGGCAGAGGCAG